AUGGCGCCUCCACACUCGUUUAUUCUUUUCUUGUCAUUCGUUUUGAGCCCAUUCGUUCAGGCUGCCCCUUGGAUUGUGACAGAUACCUAUGAGCAAGAGGUUGUUACAGAUUACUAUUCCGAUUUAGUCACUGAGGUCCAUCAAAUCUCUCCAACUGCAACUUUGCCAACCGAGGCCCUGUCCACCGCUACUUCCACCGACACCAUCUAUGACUACACCGUUGUCCAAAAGCUGUAUCCCACUGGCUAUGGCGAGGAGCGCGACUUAUACGAUGACUAUGGCUACCAUAACGUUAUGGAUAGUGAUGGAAACUAUCAUAGUACCAUCUACAAGGUCAACCUGACUUUCUCGGCCCCGACGGCCUGCUCUACCCAAUGGACGACCACGACCGCUGUCGUGGUCACCCCUCCCUAUGAGAUCGCGACCUUGCUGCCCAGGGAUAAUGUUAUAAGUUCGACCUCGGUCGACAGCGGCCAGGCAUUCCAGCCGACCACCUACAUCUACGAGGUGGUGUUCGUGGAACCCACUCAAAUCCCCAGCAGGACUCUGAGCUCUCUGAGCUCCUACAACACUCCCACCUCUCGGUACUUAGGUGCCGGGUGCCAGUACACAGGCCGCAGCUCUUAUAACGGCAACUCCGGAUACUACACUGGCUUGUCCGACGGACCAGGAGAAACCGACGGAUCAUCCAACGGUGGCUACUACUAUGGCUAUGGCUACUAUGACGACGACAACUGGUUCACCAGCAAAUGGGGAUCCGGUCUCGGCAUCUCCUACCUCGCGAUUGUAUUGAUCUGCUUGCUGGGCUGGAUCGGCAUAGUUUUCAUCCUGGGCAUGAUCGAGGCCUGGGUGCGAUUCCGUCGCCUCAUGACGGGCUGGCAGACCCGUCGUGGUCUCCCUCUUUUCUGGUCAUUUAUUUUGCUCCCUCUUUCUCUUUUCUGUCUGUUUUGUUUCCGCAAGGGAUACCGGGCCCGCAGCAAAGAGGACGCCGCGAUCCUCCAGAAGAGGUGGGAUGCGAUGGGUUUCUGGACGAAGAUGGGCUUGUUCUUCGCCUGGGGUUUCCGCUUCAAGUACCCGACUGUUUUGGGCCCGGCGCCUGCACUUGUCAAGGCAAGCAAGAGGCCCGAUCAGUCUGGUCCGCGUUUGUUGGAUGCUACUCCUCCCGGUACCAAUGCGCCUUCGCGGGCUGCGUCAGCGGAAGGUGUUCCGGCUGCUGGUCCUGAGAUGAGUCAGGUUCCUGUCUCUCAAGCUCAGCCGCAUGCUGUUUCACAGGCAUCUGGUGCUUUGCCAGCGGGGCAUGACGAGGAGACUGGUCCCGUUCGCUAUGCUUGA